ACGGCAGCUCCUAUAUUAUCUCUACUGUCGUUAUACUGCUGCAUGAAAUAGCCUUUAUAAAUACGGGGAAUUCAUAUGCAACGCGUAUGAGCGUUUGUGUGAAAAAGAUCUGUUUCCUUGAAACUCGUAUGGAGUGAGCUUGUUGUGAGUUCAAGUCAUGGACCUCGCGUUUACUCUGGUGAUAUUCCAGGAAUUCAACUUUAGGUUGCGGUGAAACUUGCUAUACGCGCAUAGGACGGUUCUGUAAAAUUAUACGGUCGCUCGAAUACUGACGAUGCAGUGUUAAAGGGACUUUUUACUGCAUACUCGUGAAAAUCGAAAAUGGAAGAGCUGACUACAUGACUGGAUUUAUUUCAAACAAAAAGGGUCUCCUGGAGCCCAUUGCGUAAACUCGAGUGCAUAAACUUGUGAGCAAAAACAGCAAGUCAAAUUCCUCUCACCUCAAACAUUGAAAAGUUCAAGCUUUCCAUCAGGAACAUUUCCUUUCUACUCUCUCAUAGAAGUCACUAGAGUGUGGAGGGGUGACAGUGGCCUGGUAAAUUCUGACCUUUGAUCCAGUGUGGGUCCAGGCCAGUGAAGGACCAGCGAUGUACCAGGAGGUGGCCUUCCUUGCAGGCAGCACUGAGCAUCAGUUUACCACCUUCCACUUCAAUCCUUUAAAGAGCCCUGUGGAAACGGGUACCAAGAAGAGUGUCUUCUACAAACGUGCCAGACAGCUGCCAUGGCCUUCUGGGCAAGAGGAAGAGAUUCGUUGUAGAACAGCCAUUACAGACGAAACUUUCUUGACUGACAGCACUGCCAUUAUUAACGUAGGUGGUAUCCGUUAUAGUAUCCCAUGGGCGACGCUUGAGGACUCCCCGCUGACACGUCUAGGGAAGCUGAGGAGCUGCAGCAGUGCUGAGGAAAUCUUGGAUUUGUGUGAUGACUACGAUGCACGCUGCAAUGAGUUUUUCUUUGACCGCAGCCCAAAUGCCUUCCGCUGCAUUGUGACUUUCCUAGCAGCUGGAAAGCUGCGGCUCCUGCAAGAGAUGUGUGCUCUAUCCUUCCAGGAGGAGUUGCUGUACUGGGGUGUGAAGGAGGCCAGUCUAGCUUGGUGCUGCCUGAGGAAGCUGCGGCUCAGGCAGGAAGACCAGCGAGAGCACUUGCGGCAGGAGGAAGAAGAAACCGAGCUGUUAUUACUGCAAUCCUGUGAAGAGGCACUGGGGCCAGAGGGCCAGGAGGAGGGCCGUCUAGCUGGGUGCAUGCACAACCUAAGCAACAUGGUUGAAAACCCACACUCAGGCCUGCCAGGGAAGAUCUUCGCCUGCCUGUCUGUAGUGUUUGUGGCCAUAACAGCAGUCACCCUCUGUGUCAGUACAAUGCCAGACCUGAGAGAGGAAGAGGAAAGGGGUGAGUGCUCCCAGAGAUGCUACAACAUCUUUGUGCUUGAGACGGUGUGUGUGGGAUGGUUCUCAUUAGAAUUUUUGUUGCGCUUCAUUCAGACACAGAGGAAAUGUAUGUUCCUGCGCACACCUCUCAACAUCAUUGACGUGGUUGCCAUCUUGCCCUACUACAUCACUCUGAUUGUGGACUCUCUGUCGGUGGGAGACCGGCCCACUACCUCAGGAAACAACUACCUGGAGAAGGUAGGCUUGGUCCUGCAAGUCCUGCGAGCACUGCGCAUUUUCUACAUGAUGCGAUUAGCUCGUCACUCUCUGGGCCUUCAGACGCUGGGGCUGACGAUACGCCGAUGCACACGUGAGUUUGGCCUGCUGCUGCUUUUCCUGUGUGUCGCAAUGGCACUGUUCUCACCACUGGUCUUCCUAGCUGAGAGUGAGAUGGGUGCCAAGCAGGAGUUCACCAGCAUUCCUGGGAGCUACUGGUGGGCUGUCAUUUCCAUGACAACGGUGGGCUAUGGUGACAUGGUGCCACGCAGUAUUCCGGGACAGGUCGUGGCACUGAGCAGCAUCCUUAGUGGUAUCUUGCUCAUGGCAUUCCCAGUCACAUCUAUAUUCCACACCUUCUCCCGCUCCUACCUGGAGCUGAAGGAGGAGCAAAGCCGUGCUACACUCCACAAACCCCAUUUGCAGGACAGCACCAAGUCCCAGAACAGUGAAGACUCGCAAGACACAGACAGCUCCCUCCAUGGCAUCACAGAUCACACAGCAGCUGCCAGGGAGCAGCACUGA